CUGAGGCGGCUGAGGGCGCGGUCGCUCCGUCGUCGUUCCGCCGUCCGUCGUCGUUCCGGUGAGGCCGUUCGGAGCGCCAUGCCCCCUCAGAGGGCGCCCAACAAGUAGCCGCAGCGGCGGAGACCAGCGGCCGCCAUCGCCGGGCCCCCCCCCCCCCCGCCUGAGAAAUCGUCUUCAGUGUUGUGGCUGAGUGUGAGGUUUACAGAGACUCGAAAGGAUGAGUGAACUGGAGCAGCUGCGACAAGAAGCAGAACAACUGCGAAACCAAAUCAGAGAUGCCAGGAAAGCGUGUAGUGACACAACACUUGCUCAGAUCACAGCAAGUCUGGACUCCGUUGGCCGAAUCCAAAUGCGCACGAGACGUACGCUGAGGGGUCACUUAGCUAAAAUUUAUGCCAUGCACUGGGGAUAUGAUUCAAGGCUACUCGUCAGUGCUUCUCAAGAUGGAAAACUCAUUAUUUGGGAUAGUUAUACCACAAAUAAGAUGCAUGCCAUUCCUUUGAGAUCCUCCUGGGUCAUGACCUGUGCAUAUGCUCCCUCCGGUAACUACGUCGCUUGUGGUGGACUGGACAACAUCUGUUCCAUCUACAACUUGAAAACUAGAGAGGGUAAUGUGAGAGUGAGCAGAGAACUACCAGGUCACACAGGUUACUUGUCCUGCUGUCGUUUUUUAGACGACAACCAAAUCGUUACGAGUUCGGGUGACACAACCUGCGCUCUGUGGGAUAUCGAAACCGGCCAGCAGACCACCGCAUUUACGGGACACACUGGAGAUGUGAUGAGUCUCUCGCUCAGUCCGGACAUGAGAACUUUUGUGUCGGGCGCUUGCGAUGCCUCUUCUAAGCUCUGGGACAUUCGUGAUGGAAUGUGCAGGCAGUCGUUCACCGGCCACGUAUCAGACAUUAACGCGGUCUGUUUCUUCCCAAAUGGACACGCCUUUGCCACUGGCUCCGAUGACGCUACCUGCCGGCUCUUCGACCUCCGCGCCGACCAGGAGCUAAUGAUGUAUUCUCACGACAACAUCAUUUGUGGAAUCACUUCUGUCGCCUUCUCAAAAAGUGGGCGCCUCUUGCUUGCGGGCUACGAUGACUUCAACUGUAAUGUCUGGGACACUUUGAAAGGAGAGCGUGCAGGGGUCCUUGCCGGCCACGACAACCGCGUGAGCUGCCUAGGGGUGACCGAUGACGGCAUGGCCGUCGCCACGGGAUCUUGGGACAGUUUUCUCCGAAUCUGGAAUUAACUGGGGCAAAUACGGUGUGCGUUCUCCGUCGAGACCUGGAGAGAUCGAUGCUGCAGCCUAUAGCUGUGAAAUAACAUUUCUACCUUGUAUUUGCAGGUGAAGUUUUUCUAUUCACUGAUUAUUACACAAAAAGGCUUUCUGUAAACUACAAAAAAAAAAAAAAAUCAAGCGAAAAAAUGGGGAUGGGAGGGAACGGAAAAAAAAAAUCACUGACUUUAAAAAAAAAAAAAGAAAAAAAAACCAGGCUAGCCCACAAAAUCAUGGUGACCACAAAGCUGAAGAGCCAGUUAUUUUUGUUUUGGGGGGUUUGGUUAAGGUAGUCCUUGAAGGAUUUCUGCUUGUGCUCCAGAUCUGCUAGUCCUGUACUUUCUCAUAAUGUACACACAAUAGCAGUUCAUCAUGUAACAUUUGUUCGUUAUGUAAAAUAAGUUGGCUUUUUUUUAAAAAAAAAAAUAACUACAUUUAUAGCUUUUCAGUUGACUGAGUUGUCACUUUUGAGUCUUGUAGCGAAAGAACCAGGUUGCCGUUUUAAAGGAUCUUUUGUGUAUUUGCUGUAAACCCACAUCAAUGCCAUUGCUGUGUGGGUGUGCGUGCACAUGUAUGAUGUGUGUGUAUCUUAGGAGACGUUUAGAGAGUUUCCUUCACACUUUAAAGAGGUCCUGAUGAUUCCACAAUACCUAGAGCCUCACUUCUCCACCCAUUCCGCCUUUGGGUUAACCCCUCCCUCCCAGCCCGUCACCCCAAAAGGCUUCUGGCGUAACUGUGGAGAUUGGGCACCAAGGAGUUAAAACUAAGUGCCAACUUUCAGGCUUUUGGGGGCCGGGGGGGAGGGUGUCAAGUUUUGCAGAUGAUCCCUGGGAUCUAAAUCUCAUUUCACAUGAGUUUUACCUUUCUCUUCUGCUCUUGGGACAUUCCAGGUAGAAGUGGCUGGUUAGGCGGCGUUCAUAUAGAGAAAACAGGACGCUUUCACAGGUGAAACGACCCCACAAAUUCCCUUUAACUACCUUAAGUUGCUCUUCCGAGUUUGUCUGCCGGCUCUAGCUCGAGAGCUCGACGUGGAUAAGUUAAACCACCUUUGUUCUCUCAUCUGAAGAGGAAAAGCAGGUAUUUAAGUGAUUAGUGUUAAAGCGUACAGCGUCCCACGUCAACACGUCCAUCGAGUUCUGUUUCCCUAAUGGGAUGGGACGGUGUUACCUUUUGAACGAGUUAACGGUAUUUCUGGAAAGUAGUGGCCCAGUUGUGCGACGUGAUGUCUCUUCAGUGUUUUCUGUUUUCCGGACUAGUAAAGAUGCCUUCCCAUUUGACCAGGCACCGGCAGUUUGGUCAGUUGAGACAUUAACCGUUCCGUGUGUAAGUAUUUCCUCCUUGGCCGAGGAGAGUGUGUUUCUGGGCUCCCGACUCCAUCGACCGUCUAGAUCUGAACGAAGCCUCUUUUAAGCCAAGAGCAACAUUUCCGAAAUGGUCCCUUGAGCGAGGACCAGGCAAUUGCCCGACUUUGACAGCGGCGUAACGUGCGAGCCCAAUAAAUAUGCCGGAAAAACAGGAAUUCAAAGUCAUUUUGUUGGGGAAACUUCUUCCCUUGGCCUAUCUUCUAAAACUGGGUUCUAGUGAGUCUUUUCAGAGAGGCAAACUGGAGGCCUCCUUCUAGCUGAAGGCAUCAAGUCCUCGCAUGGUUCCCGGUCAUUUGGGUCAGUGAAGGGCCCGAUAUUUUGUUGCCUUCAGAAGUGACGAUUACCGAGACCACAGUUAAGCUCCGGUCGUUUAUAAUCCUAACGUUCACGCUUGCCAAUUGUGUCUGCGCACUGUCACCUUUACAGUUACGAAUGUGCCAACGGCAGUUGAAAAAUAAAAGUGCAUCUUGUGCUGUAGAAAGGAUACUACGUUUACUGAAGUCAGACUUAAGGUAUCUAGGACCAAAAACCAAUUCGCGCAUUUUUUUAUGAAUCGUUUGCUUGUCGCCGGUUACGCGUGGGAUGUCUUGUCUUUUCCGUUCCCGAACAGGGAGGAACGUUUUUUCGCAGAAAACGCGCAUACUAGAUGCUCCUAAAAAGCGGCGCCGUUCGGUUUAGGAUGUUGUGCUGAAAAUCUAGAGAAAACGCAUCGGAUCGUGGAAGACGUUUUCAGCAUCUCCUGCUUUGUGAGGUGCCGUUGGAAUGGAAAUUUUCAUUCUAAAAGACUUGAGGUGAGAGGGGAUCAAAACGGGACCGAUGCUUUAGUGAUUACGUAGUGAUUCAAAGCAACCGGUGGCUGUAUACAGCCGGCUGAUCUCCCAAAAGGGUCUCACGCGUGUGCUUAGUUAGAUCUCACUUCCUGAACGUUGUCGUGUUUUAGAUGCCCCGUUUUGGCCAGGUUUGGCCGUUUGUGGGAAAUCUGAGUAUUUUCUGUUAAGGGGGAAUUCUGGAGUGAAGCAGACAGGCGUAAACUCCGACCAGAUGGGUCAGCUGUUGAGGAUUUGGCCGUUCGGUGUCCUCUCGCAUUAGGAUGACUACUCAGAUUCAGUUUGCAGUUGUUGAAGUGAUCAUCGGGUGCGUCGGUCUCCAGUUUUAGCGAAACGCAUCCAGCCGGGCGUGUUUUCAAUAAAAAAUUUCAGCCUCCUUUCCUCAAACCAAGCACCACCAGAAAACGCGGGGCAGGAGCGUUGUAGUCCCGUUCCUGGUCACAUUGUACUCUUAAGGAGUCACUAGGGCCAUUGGUCUUCAGAAUCAGAUGUCUGCGUAUGGCUCUCACGUUCAUUUAGGUUUGUGUCGGCAUCUUAAAUAUAAGGGAACCGUGGUCUUUCAAAAAACGGGCUUUUAAAGCUACUGGGAAACACUAAACAAUCGAAAAGUUAGUCACCGAACCGAGGCGGGGGGAAUAAGCCCUCACUCUAAGUAACGCAAACCGCAUGCUAGGUUUUGUAUUCUCGCCGAAAAUACCGAUGAGGCAUUUUAGGCCAAAAGCGAAUAACUGCGAUCUUGUGCCAUUAUUUCCAGUCUUAAACGGAGAUCACGUCCAGUAUUUUUCCAGUCUGAAACUUCUUUUGUACUUUAUAAAGCUUUCUCGUGCCUCCCAGAAAUUUCUUUAGCUUCGGCACAGUUGCCGUUGAACAGUUUACGUCUCACUCUUAGCUAAUUUGACACUGAAGGGUAUUGAUCGAGUCCCUGAAAAUGGGACUUAGUCCUGCCGUUAAUGACUUCAACGGAGCUGGUGGCGAUCAGAAAAUGCAAGGCUUCUUGGCAUCUGCCGGUAAUUAAGAAAAUGGGGCAUUUUCUAUUUUGUGUUAGCUAAUUUGGCACUGAAGGGUAUUGAUCAAGUCCCUGAAAAUGGGACUUAAUCCUGCCAUUAAUGACUUCAACGGAGCUGGUGGUGAUCAGAAAAUGCAAGGCUUUUUGGCAUCUACCGGUAAUUAAGAAAAUGGGGCAUUUUCUAUUUUGUGGUAAAGUGGACAUUUGCCUUCUGCCAAUGAAAUGCAGGAACUAGACUAGAUUAAUGACUGAUCAUUUAACACCUCUCCCCCUUCCCCAUCUCCUCCAACCCCUCUCCCCCCCGAAACUACCCUCCCGAGUAUAGAAAUCGGGGCUUGGAAGGGCAGUUGGUUUACUCUGAGCUAACACCGCCGAUUAGACGGACCAGCUAGUCCUGAUAAACAGUAAGAGUGGUUUAAAACAAACAAAAAAAAUCCGAUUUAGUAACUGAACCUCGGUCCCACAGUUAGCCAGAUCCAUGUUUUAGGUUGGGAAGAGAACAGCAUGAAAGACAUUCCCAAACUGGGGUCUGUUUCCUCCCUUCACUCAAGGAAUAGUUCCCCCCUCGGCGGUUCGAGCGGUUCUCGAAAGCGGCGGUUGCCGCGAGGCGUGGACGAGUUAUAAGGCGAAAAAUGUAUCCAAUGGUUUUGUAUUAGAAUGACUGCCUUUGAGACAGCAUUUCAUGUAAAAGUAAUUAAGCAUGGGUUGAUGGUGCACAGUGUAUACAGUGAUCUGGCCUGCAUGCUGGUAAAAUUCUUCCUACACUUCGGAGGCGUCACGAAGCCUCUCUAUCCAAUUGCUGGUUAUGUAAAAUACAUGCAGAAUGUUAAUGCCGUGUUGUUAUGGUAAAAAUGUGUGAACAGUGUUACUAAUUGAUAUAACUGAUAACAGAUUAAAUGUGCCUGACAAAAAAAAAAAAAAAAUCCUAUACCACGCAGUACGGUAGGUUUUUGAUUAAUAUGGACUUCAGUGGAAUAGUCUUUAGGUAUUUCAAGCCUCUGUUUUACUUACACGAUGGUGCUCUAUUCUGUGUCUCUCCUUUCAAUGAGGUAUCUGAACACUUGUACUACAUAUUACACCCAAAGGAGUCCAGACCCAAUUGAUUUUUGUAAAACGCGGUUGUCGAUUGGGGGGCGGGGAGGGGGGGGGGAUGAAAGUUGCCGUAAACACUUGAGAGGUUCCAUCGUUCAACCUGGAAAGCGAUUCUACACUGCCUUUGGAUUGUGUGUGUAUUCGGGAAACAGUCUUAAAGCUUUUAUUUAAGCGAAUUUAAGAAACCAGGGACUCGUGCCGUGCAUUCUCCAACAGUGCUCUUGCUGCAUACAAAGACUUCCCUGUGGAAAAACGAUCACUAGCUCUGAACUUGCGUUCAGAGCCUUUUCAACAAUGGAUCUUUUCUUUGUAAUCUGUACAGUGGCUCAGUGAAACAGAUGUUACCAUGAAUUGAUAUUGUAACCAAUAAACAAGUGCUUUUAACCAGA